UCUUCAUCUUCCCUCAGGCGGAGCUUUCCGGCGAAUCAGUGUGAGAUCCCGUCGAUCUGUCGCCGGAAAGUUUCAUUUGGAUUUUGACCGCCCCAUCCUCUGAUCUUUCUUCUUUCCUCACCCUACAAUGAAUCCUGAAUAUGACUAUCUGUUCAAGCUACUGCUUAUUGGAGAUUCAGGUGUUGGGAAAUCUUGUCUUCUUUUGAGAUUUGCUGAUGAUUCAUAUGUAGAAAGCUACAUAAGCACUAUUGGUGUUGAUUUUAAAAUCCGCACUGUGGAGCAGGAUGGGAAGACCAUUAAACUUCAAAUUUGGGACACUGCUGGACAAGAACGAUUUAGGACAAUCACUAGCAGCUACUACCGUGGGGCUCAUGGGAUAAUAAUUGUUUAUGAUGUGACAGACCAAGAAAGCUUCAAUAAUGUCGAGCAGUGGCUGAGUGAAAUUGAUCAUUAUGCUAGUGACAAUGUUAACAAACUACUGGUUGGAAACAAGUGUGAUCUUACAGCAAAUAAAGUUGUGUCAUUCGAAGCAGGCAAGGCACUUGCAGAUGAAGUUGGCAUACCUUUCUUGGAAACUAGUGCAAAAGAUGCCACUAAUGUGGAACAGGCUUUCAUGGCCAUGGCUGCUUCCAUCAAGGACAGAAUGGCUAGCCAACCCGCCAUGAACAAUGCUAGGCCUCCUACGGUACAGAUCCGAGGACGGCCUGUUGAACAAAAGAGUGGCUGCUGCUCUUCCUAGAAUGUCAAAUGUCGAAGUAGGAAGCUCUGUUUCUUCUGCAUUACGCUGCUGCGGGUGGCGGCACGGUUGUGUAAGAUUCAAGUGUUUCUUUAGUUGCAGACCUUAUUUCUUAUUGGACAAAACCUCAUAAGUAGAGGAUAUCAUUCAUUUCUAGUUUCUACACACUUGUUAACGUGAAGGCUUUGUGCAGUGUAUGAUUGUUUGCUUGUUGAUCAAAUAAUAACACAAUUAGUUAUUUAUAUUUACA